UUGUUGGAAUACCAUAAAUUAAAAGAAGGAUGAUAAUCUCUAAAUGCUUCCCUUACUUGCCUUCCAUUCUCCCUCAUUAUUCAAUAAUUUUGGAGUCACAUGUACACACACACAUGUUCUUUAGUCUUGGUGUUGCGUCCCUGCCUAUUAAAAAGAUUGAUCAGUAGUUAAGAAGGAAGUGUGCGCAAAUGGGCUCUCCAUCUUCUCUCUCUAUGAUUAAUGCCUUCCUUCUAUGCGUUCUUCCUCUGACUCUGCUCCUACUUAGCAUCAAACUAGUACUCUUCUCUAAUAAGAGAUCAGUUAACCUACCACCAUCUCCAUGGAAGCUGCCUUUCAUUGGAAACCUCCAUCAACUUGGCUUGCUACCUCACCAAUCCCUUCACAAUCUCUCAAAGAAGCAUGGUCCUCUCAUGCUUCUACAACUUGGUCAAGUUCCAACUCUCGUGGUUUCAUCUUCUCAAAUGGCUAAGGAGAUCUUGAAAACUCAUGAUCUCGUUUUUGCAAGCAGACCAACUCUCAGAGCUGCUGAAAUUUUGCUUUAUGGAAGCUUGGACAUGGCUUUCUCACCAUAUGGUGAGCACUGGAGGCAGAUGAGAAAGAUAUGUGCAACCAAUCUCUUCAGCACGAGAAGGGUGCAAUUAUUUCAAGCUGCAAGGGAGGAGGUGGUGGUUCAUUUGUUGGAUAAGAUUAUGUCUCAAGCUUCUACUACUCCAUCAGAACCAUUGAACAUGAGCCAAGUGUUGUACUUCUUCUCUAAUGAUAUGCUUUGCAGAGCCAUACUGGGAAAGGCUUCAACAAAUCUAGAAGAUCGGAACAAGAUGUUUCAUGAGAUGAUAGAGGAGAACAGUGUUUUGCUAAGUGGCUUCAAUUUGGAGGAUUAUUUCCCUUCACUUGGAUGGCUAAGUUCAAUCCUUGGUUUGGAUGAGAGGGCUAAAAGAAAUUCUAGCAAGUGGGAUGCCGUCCUCAAUCAGAUAAUCCAGGAACAUGCAAUCGGAAAUGAAGAAAUAGUCAAAGAUGAUGAUUUCGUGGACAUCCUGCUAUCCCUUCAGAAGGACCCCAACAUGGAAAUCACCAUCACUGAUGGGCAUAUCAAAGCUCUCCUAGUGGAUUUGUUUGCUGCUGGAACCGAUACAACAUAUAUUGUCUUGGAAUGGAGCAUGGCAGAACUAAUCAAGAAUCCACAAGUGAUGAAGAAGCUACAAAAUGAAGUUAGAGCAAAAUCCAAAGAUAAAUCAAUGAUAAUUAAAGAAGAGGAUAUAAGAGAAAUGAGUUACCUCAAAGCUGUUAUUAAAGAGGUGCUACGUCUCCAUCCUCCAGCUCCAUUACUGGUACCAAGAGAGUCCAUGGAUAAUUGCCAAAUAGAACACUAUGAAAUACCAAGAAAAACAAGAGUUGUCGUUAACUAUUGGUCCAUUGCAAGGGAUUCUAAGGUUUGGGAGUCAUCAGAAACCUUUAAAGCUGAGAGGUUUAUUAACAAUUCCAUAGAUUAUAAAGGUCAAGACUUUGAGUACAUUCCUUUUGGUUCAGGAAGAAGAGUGUGUCCAGGAAUGCAGUUUGCAGUCUCCACAAUUGAACUUGCAUUAGCAAACCUUAUAUAUAGGUUUGAUUGGAGAGUGCCUAAUGGUAUGGUUACUGAAGAAUUAGACAUGAGUGAAUCUCCUGGAUUGACAGUGAGAAUGAAGAAGAAUCUCUAUCUUAUUCCAAAACUUUGGAUUUGAAGAAAAACAUAAUUGGAAUGUAUGCUAUAUGUUGUCUAAAUCGCUGGCAUGAAAAUAAUCGAGCAUCACUUUUUUUGUUUUUGCA